UGUGUGAAACUGAAUAUGCAGAUAUACUGUAGAGUAGACGUGUCUCAGGGUUGUGUGCGUAGGCGUGUUUGCAGGGCCAGAAAACAAGGAACUGAGCUCUAAAAAGCACCUGUGAAUGAACAACAGUGCACUUUGGAACUGCUGAUACGCUCUACAUUGAAUCCACAGUUUUCGCAGGAUCAGGUGUGAGCCCCACAGUCAGAGUGGGGUGUUGUGGCUAAUGCAGAGGUCGCUAAAACAACAAGAGAACGAAGAAACCAGAGAGGAGCACUGGAACACCACAGAUCUGACACUGUAAUAUGAAGGUGGAUGGAGUGGCAAUGAAGCUGUCUGCCUGACUGAGCAUCUCCUCAUUAUCAUUCCCCCUCCCCUCUCUUCAUCCAAUUCCCUAGUCCUAUCUGCCAUCCCCCUCUCCACCACACACAGAGCCAAACAACUACCACCACCGAUCUCUAACACCGUCGCACACACAUAUAGAGACACACACACACACAAACACACACACACACUACCCCUCUCUCCUGGGAUACGAUUUGAAGAUUCGCAAGUGCAGCCUCUCAUUUGUAAUCAGAUGAAAGAGAGGAUUAUCUCAAGGUUUGCCCCAUCUUGUUCCCGGCCAGGAUAGAGGGACGGAGGAGGAAGAGGAGGAAGAGACUGUGGAGGAGGGAGGGAGGGCUCUGUGGAUGGUGCGUGGCGAGAGGAGGUCACCUGUUGAGAACCACUUUCCUUUCCUUUCAAACAACCUGGACAAACAGGGGUUUAUCCUGGGAUCCUGGGGGAUAACUGGACUCUGACACAAAGAGAGAGAGAGAGAGAGAGAGAGAGAGAGAGAGAGAGAGAGAGUAAAUAAAGAAGAGGAACAUAAGGCACGGAUCUUAGAUUUUUUCUAAAAGGGCUUUCCCAUGGCAGAGAGUGGGCAUCCCGUGUCAGCACUAUACCCACCAGGGGGCAGUGUUUCCCCUGAUUCUGCCCUCUGCACCGACCCCCUCCUACCUCUCUCUAAGAGCUCCACAGAUGGGCUGACAGGUCCUCUGAGGCAGGAGGAACUCAGGAAGGGCUCCAGUGAGCAUACGGCUCCUUGCUCCCAAAGAGACAGAGAAACAGGCAGACAGGGGCCUUCUCAGGCCGUCCAGCACAACAUCCAACCGCACACAUCUGACCGAGUGGACCCCAGGAAUGCUGUCCGCCCUCACACAGCCCAUCACCACGAGGAGGGCGUCACCAAUCAUGGUCACCAAGCCUUAUCAGCCUUCGGAGAGAGCCAGGCGCCCCACCCCUUAUCAUCAUCACAGAGAGACCUGGGAGGACUGGAUCUGUCCAGGCUGCCUGUCCAGAGGAGUUACUCAGAUACCCUCCACAUGCUCAGGGAGGUCCCUGCCCCCCCACCUCACAGUGAAACCAACUGCCCUUCGUGCCCAGGGAGAGACAACCUUUCCCAGGAUGCCUCUCGUAAGGCUCUCUCCACCUUAGCCUGCAAGCAGCCCGUCCAGCUCCAGCACGGCAAUACAACCACAACCAACCCCACUGCCUGCAGAUGGGGAAACGGCGGGGGAGGCAGACCCACACAGCAGCCUCAGGCCGGGUGUGUCAGGGUUGGUGCCCCUAGCCCCUCUAACACAGCUGCUAAGGUCGGCGGUGAGGCCCAACGCCUACAAUCAUGUGAGGAGGCCAUCUGCUACUGCACUUUCGUCCACCCCCACGGGACGUUGAAGGACACGUUUGCGGCAUACUGCCACCCCCCUACCCUCCUCUCCCUCCCUCGCCUCAUGUCCUCCGUCAGCGAGACAGCGCUGGAUGCCAAGCGCCUGCUGCAAUGCUGCAACCUCAAUUGCAACCUCAACUGCUCCUGGGCCAACACUCUACACCCUAGUGGAGCCCUGCAGCAGGACAUUCAGGAAUAUAGCUGUAUGAGCAGCAACAAUAGAGCCACCAGGGACACAGGGACCAUGAUGUCCCCCAGGGAGCUCAGGGACGUGGGGGUGCAGACAGGCCAGGUCCACGAGACGUGUCCGGCCCACGUGUUCCCCCAGGUCUGCCUGGUGGAGGAGAACGGGAAUGAGAACGGGAACAAGAACGAGAACAGGAAUGAGACGGACACGUCCCAGAAACCCCCGGUGAAGGAGGUGAAGUGGGAUGCGGAAGGGAUGACAUGGGAGGUGUACGGGGCUUCUGUGGAUCCUGAGGAGCUGGGCCUGGCCAUCCAAAAGCACCUGGAGCUGCAGAUCAAGGAGACUGCUGGCCGCACUGCCAAGCUGUCCCGCCAGGAUACAGCUACAUCCAGGAAGAGCAGCGGUGGUGCCGGUGGCUGGAGGAAGAUGAGCGGAGUGUUGGGCUAUAUCAGGACCCCAGCCUGCUGCGCACGCUCCAGCACCGCCGUGGACUGAGAGGGGAAACCUGAACACCACGUUUCAUGGUCAAGAUGGCUGUUGCUUUAUUACACAUCAAAUGUGACUCCAGUACACCAGAGAUAGUGUGACCACUCUGGAUUAAGAGAAUCUGUGUGGCUGUCAGAAUCAUGGCAUGUGUACAAGAACCUACCAUCAUACUGCUGAAAGAGGUGAAUGGAAAGACAGUGAAAGGUUCCAUUUGGAUGGAUUUUAUUGGUAACGGUACCUACCAUCAUCACCGUAGAUGCCAAGUGAUAGAACAGAGUGCUGCCAUAACAGUCAUACAAAGUGAUAUAAUGGUUUCUUACUCAUUUAAGAAUGAGUUAUUUACUGGGGGGAAUAACUUGAUCUGAACAAGGGGUUUCUGUAAACGAACAUGCUAAAAGGUAUAAACACAGUGUAGGAAAAGAAAGCUCCAAUACACCAGACUUCGAACCACUACGGCUAGAAAUAUGUGUCUAUCUUCCUCUCAUUUCUGAUUCUAUUAUUUAGUCAAAUUCUGUGUGAAUGUUUGAAACAUGUUGUGGUAAACUGUGGGGUGUUGGGUUGAGCGUGCAGCGAUUGACACAGAGACAGGGAGGCUUUAGUCCGAAAAACCACUUUACUUAUGACAGAAAAUAAAUAUAUCCCAAAAAAUAACUUAGGUUUGCUCGGUCUUCCGUCUCUCUCUUCUCUGGUGUCCGUCUCUCUCCCUUCUCUCCCGCGGUGUGCCAUCACGGCUGGUUGGCACUUUCCUCUAUUUACCUCCACUUAGCUGUCCGUGUCGGGGUGCCCAGCUCCCGUAUUCCCAGCAGAGGGAGCCAACGUCGCCUCACGUACCUCCCCUCUAUUACCAUCCCCUGGGGUAGACCUGGGAUACCACACUGUAUAUGAUUUAGCACAUGGUAGAGACCACAGAAAUGUAUACCUUUUCACAAACACCUCUACCGCUCCGUAUUCACAUAGAAUAUCUAGAAAAGUUUACACAAUGCUGAAUUGACAGUACGUCAUCAGACUAGCAUAGAGCAAGACUUAAACUGACCUCAGAUGAUUCAUGCAACACUGUGAUGCAGAGGAGAAUACCGGGACAUACAGAAAGGGUUAACAGACUGGAGAAUGUUUAUCAAGAACGUAAACAUCUCAUCACAUCAUACAAUACAUUAAUGCACAUAACAAUAGGUGAAAUGGCCUGUUUGUGAAUACAUUUUUCAUUCCAUUUUUCAACUUCUCUUAUAUAAACAGUUGUUGCGUUUGACCCUUUAAUGCCAUGUAGACAAACUCAUUCCAUGGAGGGCUGGCUGCUGGUUGUUGGUUUUCCCUGUCAAUUAAGACCUAGACAACAAAGUUCCUUCUAAUCAGUGGCCUUAAUUAAACAAUAAAGUACAAGAGAGGAGCAAAAACCUGAGAGAUACUCAGCCCUCCGCGGAAUGAGUUUGACACGUGCUUUCAUGUAUAUGUUCUGCGUGGUGAUUGUCUUGUGGACUUGUGGACAAAUAAUUAUUUUAGUCAUAUAUCUAACCAGAGGGUUAAAGGUUAACUACUAACAAGUAAACAGUCAUGUUGUUUAUCAAAUAACAAUCACUGAAAAGACCCACACCUCUACUCUGAGUCUGAAUUCUAUCACUACUGUAACAGUAUCUUGUCAAUUUACUGUGCCAUAGCAAUGUACUGUAUUGGUAUUGUAAAAUGGAUGAGUUACAACUAGCCGGAAAGUUUGAUAAACCUGUCAAGUAUGUAAUUUACAACAUAUUGCAUUUGCGAAGAGAUUUUGACCAAUCACAACAAACACAACAGGUGUUAGAACCUGAUUUAAAGUAGCUUUUUACUGUUGCUACAAUGCAGGAAGAACUGUUUAAUCAUGAUACCAGUUGUAUAAUGUUGAAGAAAGUUAUUAUUGUGUAUUAAAUAAUGACCAAGAUCGGCAUUAAAGGGCUCUUUUGUUUUUUUUACAGUAUCAUUUGAUUACAAUUCAUUUAUCCUGCUUUAGUAAUAAUCACAAAGUUGCCAUUUCAGGUCACAGCACAGGUUGUUCAGUAUUGUUGGGUUUGUAUUGGAGGCCGUGAGCCUAGAAGGCAGGUUAAAUAGAAGUCCUUAUCAGUAGAAUAUUACUGCUGUUAUCAAGUCUUUAAAACACAACCACCUGUAUUGAUGGUCAUCUGUACUGAUGGUUAUGUCCAAUGUAAGUCGAUUUGUAACUUGGCAAACCCAGUAAUACCACAAAUGAAGGUUCAAUAUACAGUAUGUCUCAGAUAAUGUGUUCUAGGCUACUGUUGAUAUCAGCAAUAAAGUAUCUUAGAUUAAGUUUGUGGUGGUUACAUCUAGGAAACUGUUUCCCCUCUGUAUUUCUGAGCCUAAACUAACCUCUGGUGACACUACUGUCAGAGUGUAACACUAACGCAGUCACUACAAAUAAAAAUGUUUUUUUCUCA